AUGGCUAAAGGCAAGGAGAUCUGCGAGGCAAAUGAAACCAUCAUGUGCCCUAUGUGUGAACGCAACUGCACGCUACAAAAACUCAAUGAAAGCUGCAUUUACGCCAAGGUUACACAUUUGUUUGAUAACGGAGGGACUGUCUUCUUUGCUAUUUUCAUGGCAAUCUGGGCUACAGUCUUUCUAGAGUUUUGGAAAAGACGGAGAGCUGUAUUAACCUAUGACUGGGACCUCAUAGACUGGGAAGAUGAAGAGGAAGAAUUGCGCCCCCAGUUUGAAGCUAAAUAUUCCCAAGUGGAAAGAGUAAAUCCCAUCACAGGAAAACCUGAACCUUUUCAGCCUUUCCCUGAUAAGCUUAGUCGACUGAUGGUGUCUGUCUCAGGAAUAUUCUUCAUGAUUUCGCUGGUCCUCACUGCGGUGUUUGCAGUUGUGGUGUACCGUCUGGUAGCCAUGGAACAGUUUGCUUCUUUCAAGUGGUAUUUCAUCAAGAAAUAUUGGCAGUUUGCAACGUCUGGCACUGGAGUCUGUAUCAAUUUUAUGAUCAUCAUGUCACUCAAUGUCGUAUAUGAAAAGGUUGCCUAUCUCCUGACAGACUUAGAGCACCCUAGAACAGAAUCUGAAUGGGAAAACAGCUUUGCCUUGAAAAUGUUCCUCUUCCAGUUUGUCAACUUGAACAGCUCCAUCUUUUACAUUGCCUUUUUUCUUGGCAGAUUUGCAGGCCGCCCAGGAAAGUACAACAAGCUUUUUAACAGAUGGAGACUGGAAGAGUGUCAUCCUAGUGGCUGCUUGAUAGAUCUGUGUUUGCAAAUGGGAGUCAUUAUGGUUUUAAAACAAAUGUGGAACAACUUCAUGGAACUAGGCUAUCCUUUAUUACAGAAUUGGUGGUCACGACGUAAAAUGAAGAGAGGAGGGCAAUUAAUGGAGCACAAAAUUUCUCUACCUCAGUGGGAGAAAGAUUGGAAUCUUCAGCCUAUGAAUCUCCAUGGUUUAAUGGACGAAUAUUUAGAGAUGGUUUUACAGUUUGGCUUUACCACCAUCUUCGUUGCUGCCUUCCCACUGGCACCUCUCCUGGCUUUGCUUAACAAUAUCAUAGAAAUAAGGUUAGAUGCGUACAAGUUCGUUACUCAGUGGCGAAGACCUAUGCCUGCAAGAGCAACAGAUAUAGGUAUCUGGUACGGGAUUCUGGAAGGAAUUGGAGUCCUGGCUGUCAUCACCAAUGCCUUUGUUAUUGCCAUUACUUCUGAUUACAUUCCACGUUUUGUCUAUGCAUACAAAUACGGUCCCUGUACAGAUCAAGGGUACAGACAAGAAAAAUGUUUAAAAGGAUACGUCAACAGCAGUUUAUCAGUAUUUGAUUUGAGUGAACUUGGGAUGGGAUACUCAGGAUACUGCCGGUAUAGAGAUUACAGAGCCCCACCAUGGAGUUCAACUCCCUAUGAAUUCACUUUGCAGUUCUGGCAUGUCCUGGCAGCGCGGCUGGCCUUCAUCAUAGUAUUUGAGCACCUUGUUUUUGGAAUAAAGUCUUUCAUUGCCUACCUGAUUCCAGACAUGCCCAAAGACUUGUGUGACAGAAUGCGGAGAGAGAAAUAUUUAGUCCAGGAAAUGAUGUAUGAGGCUGAACUGGAGCAUUUGCAGAGAGAAAGAAAAAAGAACGGGAAACAGUAUCACCAUGAAUGGCCUUAG